AUGCCUGCCACUCCAAUUGCCCCGUUUCUCCUUCCUCGGGGUCUCCCCACUGCGCGGACUUUGCGCACUCUCCAGCAACAUCAGAUCGGCCUCCCCACCCGUCGCGCAGCACCUCACCAAUGCUUCUCCUCCACGAGUCCGGUUUCGAAGGCUAAGAACGUCGACAAGAGCCGUACUCUGGCCCAGCCAGACAAAUUCCGUCCGCCUUCGCAUCCGCAGCGCCUCGUCAACAAGCGCACAUCGCCCUCUGGUCAACCGAUCAACUAUGGCCCGCGCCUGACACCCGAGCAGCGCGAAGCGCAGAACAAGAAGCAGUAUCCAAACAUGUUCCCACCGGAGGGAACAGUCAUGCACAAGUUCCUGACAAAUCGGUGGAUCCACGUAUGGAUCGCAAUGGGCAUCCUCACUUCCCUCGCAACCUUCACUUUCACCACCAACUUUAAAGCCAGCUCUCCCUUCGCCCACCUCCUCCCCUCCUGGUCCGGUCUGUUGACCGCACCCUUCGAUACCAUCUCUCAAGCCCUGCACGUCUACCGCAUGGACGUGCAGCACAACUCCAUGCGCGUGCGCGAGCAGCGUCACCGUCGCGUUGAAGAUGCCGAGAAGCGGAGACAGUACCGUCUUGCACAUGGGCUAGAGGAGCCGACUGAGAAGGGUCAGGCGAAGGUUGAUGAGCAGUCGCCUGUUGCUGUUGAAGGCGAUACGGCGCAGGUCAAGGAGGGAGAGUAUGUGGAUUGGGACGGAAAGAAGAAGCCUGUCAAGAAGUGGCUUGGUAUUUGGUAA